CUUGCCUGGACAAUUAAUUCGAUCUUAUGCGGGAGCGCGACACAACACGACAGACCCUCUAACCUCUGCUCGCCGCACGCGACAACAACGCCGAUAUGCCUCCCGCCAAACGAGUCAAGAGCAGUGCGGAUUCCCGACCGAAUGCUGGGCCAUCGGGACGGCCGACAAUCGACGAUCUGGAGGGAGAGAGCGAGUUUGCCAGUCUUGCGCGCCAACACUGGCUCAAGACGCCCAAGCAGGCCGCCAAGGUCAAGGUCAAGAACGACGUGCUCAAGCGCGAAAUAUGGGAUGCCCUGGAGAAGGACAACUUCCCAUUGAAGUCGCUUCUGGUUCUCGAGGGACUGCAGACGCUCGAGAGCUACCUGUGGCCAGGCUACUCAGAGGACUCAUCAAAUCAUCAUGUUCUCUUGAUCAUUUUGAUAGUCAAUGCUAAGCGGAGGGAGCGACUAGGGACAUGGGACAUCUUUGCCGGCCGUCCCUCCGAAUUUUCCGACCUGUUUCGCCGUGCGCUCUCCAUGACACUCGAUGUCUCCCUCUCCUGCACGAUCCGGACGCACGUUCUCCUGUUCAUCAUCCAUGCAUUCCAGAGUCUAGAUUGCGCCAUCGUGCGCAAGGAGUGCGCUCCUUUGGUCUCUAUCUCUAUCUGGCACAACUUAUCAACAGAUGGGAAGCGGGAUGCGAUACUGGACUCGAACCCACAUCUGAGGAAGGCUUGGAGGGCGGCGGCGAAGCGGUACGAUUCGGGUGACGACGCCACCAAAGCACGCCUGCGCUUCGAGAGAUCCUGGCUGUAUACCUUGGUUCUGGACUUUUUUGGCCUUCUCUAUUCUGACGCCCCCAAGCCAGAACACGUGCUCUACUGUGAGCGCUUCGUCGAGUUUCUCACGGAUCUGCAGAGCCAGCUCCCGACCAGACGAUAUGUCAACACACUCCUCCAGGACCUACACGUACUCCCUGCCUUGACCCUAUCGCCUCUCUUCAACGACGAGCCAAACGGUCUGCUUCGGGAGCUGUACGCUCUCUUCUCACACUACACCCACUUUACCGUCGACGACCACUCAGGCGCGCAGCUCAACAGAGACGAGGCAUACGACCGACAUUGUGCUGCGCUCGCCAAACUGCAGAGAACCGCCCUGAGACACUUCAAGGAGAAGCUGACAGUUCUGGCGAUAUCCAACUAUGGCUCAAUCGACAAGAGGAACGAGCUAGAAGGUCUUCUUCAAUCGCUAACAGACGAAGAACUCUCCCAGCUGACCAGCCACCUGGGACUCCGGACAGAAUACCCAGAAUCUGCCAAGGUGCCUGUUGACCGCAGGUUCUUUAUGGAGGUCCUCCUGUCGACUUUCGAGAGGCGAAAAACCUUCCAGGAUGCUGCCCGCGACCUGAGCAUCCUCCCAACCGAGGAGACGCUCUUCGAUGUUGGGCUCAGGAGAACCGAUCAUUACGAUGGAUCUCGGCCUCUGGCUCUUCCCAAAUUCAACCUGCAAUACCUCUCCGUCGGCGAUUUUCUCUGGAGGGCCAUGGUUUUAUAUCGCUGCGAGGCCUUCUACGCUAUUCGCCAGGAUAUCGAGGAUGUGCUGACGAGGUUAAAGCCGGAGACCAAACGAGCGGGGUUAACAACCUUUUCGGGCUUUUCAAGAAUGGCUCUACCUAUCGCCAAACCAACCAUUCUCGAGGUUGUACCACCGCGCGUCGGCGACGAUAAGCCCUCUCUGGUGCGAGCUGAAGUGACCAUCGAUUUGAGAAAGCUGUCACCACACGUUCGGCGAGAGUGGGAAUCCUUGCGUCCCGACGAUGUGCUUUUCCUUGCCGCUGUUGAUGCGUCCAAGUCGAAACAAGUUACAAAUGGUGGCCCUCCCUUGUCCCAGGCUGAGAAGCUCGGCCUGGUCUCAGUCCGCGCGGCAGAGAUCAUACAGGUUCUCGACGACAAAGGACGGGCGAUCCGGGAUGCCCAGGCGUACUUUGAUGGCCACAGUCGUAGCGACUCGAGGAAAAUCCAGCUCCGGUUGGAUGCGAGAGCCUUCAUGGCAGACACAGAGGGCAAUCGGAACAUCUACGACGGGGUCAACCUUCUCAUUCGGAGAGCCGGCCGAGAAAAUAAUUUCAAGCCGGUGCUCGAGUCCAUCCGAGAUCUGACUCUUUCCGAUGUCCCACUGGCAUCCUGGCUGCACGAGGUCUUCCUGGGGUACGGCGACCCAGCGGGCGCAACCUACAAACACCUGCCGAACCGCGUCAAAAAGAUCAACUAUCGCGAUACCUUUCUCGACUGGCAGCAUCUUAUCGAGAGCUUGCCUGGCAAGACUAUCGAACCGAGCGACGACGUUUCUGGAAGCUUCGGGCCGCCGUACGUACUGGAGACGGUCGAGAAGCAGUCGGAAGACGCCAUUUACAAGCCCUCCAAGAAGAGGAGGCGAGAUGCGGAGCCGGCUCUGAUUGCCGAAAUCGAGACAAUCCAUGUCUCGACGUACAAGCCCCCGAAUAACGGCCCUUAUCCGGUCGACGCGCCGAAGCUGAACAAAGUUCGCUUCACUCCCAAGCAGAUCGAGGCCAUCACGUCAGGGACACAACCGGGGCUCACAGUCAUCGUUGGCCCCCCCGGCACGGGCAAGACGGAUGUGGCAACGCAGAUCAUAAACAACAUCUACCACAAUUUCCCGGAGCAAAAGACUCUUCUCAUAGCCCACAGUAAUCAAGCUCUGAACCAGCUGUUUGCCAAGAUUGUCGCCUUGGAUAUCGACGAGCGUCACUUGCUCCGCUUGGGCCAUGGCGAGGAGGAGCUCGAGACCGAGGGGAGCUUCAGCAAGCACGGCAGGGUCGAAUCGUUCCUAGAGAACCGGCAGCGCUUUCUCUUCGAGGUCGACCGCCUCGCUGCAAGCAUGGGUGCUCCCGGCGCCCAUGGAAACUCGGCCGAGACGGCGGGCUACUUCAACGCGGUCUAUGUCGAGCCGGCAUGGGCCAAGUUCACCGACGUUAUCAAGGCGGAAGAUGUCGGCCCUGAGGAAAUCGUCAAAGCAUUCCCCUUUCACGUUUAUUUUGCGGACGCCCCGCAGCCCCUUUUCCCGCCGGAAGCGGACCGCGAGACUGUGCUGGAAAUCGCAAACGGGUGCUACCGCCACAUCUCCAAGAUCUUUUCCGAGCUGGCUGAUGUCCUGCCUUUUGAGAUUCUGCGGCGCGACAAGGACAAGGCCAACUACCUGCUUACAAGCGAGGCACGCAUCAUCGCCAUGACCUCGACGCACGCCGCCAUGAAGAGGGGUGAAAUCGCCUCGCUGGGCUUCCAGUAUGACAAUAUUGUCAUGGAAGAGGCCGCUCAGAUCACCGAGAUUGAGAAUUUUAUUCCGCUGGCCAUGCAGAAACUCAAGGACGGACAAUCGGGGUUGCAGAGCGUCGUCUUGUGCGGAGACCACUAUCAAAAUUCGCCCGUCAUCCAGGGCCUGGCAUUCCGGCAUUACGCCAACCUGGAGCAGUCGCUCUUCUCCCGGCUCGUCCGCCUUGGUGUUCCAACCAUCAACCUCGACCAACAAGGCCGCGCCCGUCCGUCCAUCUCCAACCUGUACAGGUGGCGGUACCCGGAACUCUCCGACCUGCCGCACACGCAAACCCAGAAGGAGUUCCUCACGGCCAACGCCGGGUUCAAGUACGACUACCAGUUCAUCAACGUGCCGGACUACAAGGGCAAGGGGGAGACGGAACCCUCGCCGCACUUUAUUCAGAACCUGGGCGAGGCAGAGUACGCGGUGGCCAUCUACCAGUACAUGCGCCUGCUCGGCUACCCGGCGGCCAAGAUCAGUAUCUUGGCCACGUACGCCGGGCAAAGGGCGCUUAUUAGGGAUGUGUUAGCCCACCGGUGCGCAAAGAACCCCAUCUUUGGUCUGCCGAGGGUUGUUACUACCGUCGAUAAAUACCAGGGCGAGCAAAAUGACUACAUCAUCCUCUCCCUCACGAGAACCACCCGCGUCGGCUACUUGCGCGACCUCCGCCGCCUGACGGUCGCCCUCUCGCGCGCCCGCCUGGGCCUGUACAUACUCGGCCGCCGCGACGUGUUUGAGCGCUGCUACGAGCUGCGCGACGCGUUUGAGCUGCUGCUGCAGAGGCCGGAUAAGCUGGCGCUUGUCACGGGUGAAUUAUGGCCUUCGGAGCGGUUGUUGGUGACGUCGCCUUCUGGUGGGGAUGAUGGGAAAGAUGCGGAUACCACCGCGGUUGUGCCAGCUCAACUGGGCGAGGCGGUUAUGGAGGGCGUGGAGCACCUCGGGCAGUAUGUCUUUGAGAUGACGGCCACGCGGGUUAAGCAGUUGCGCGAGGAGAAGGGGCUGGGUGGGGAGGUGCCUGUUGAAGCGGUGGUGGAGCGGGUUGAGGAGGGGUAUGGGGAUGUGGAGGGUGGUGAGGAAGAUGGUGAGGGAGAGGGGGAGGGAGCGGUGAGGGGGGAGGGAUUUGAGGUUGAGGAGGAUGAUUGA